AUGGAGACUCCAGGGGUCUUCAAACUUCUCUCGUUCUCUCUAAUUCUUCUCAUCGCCUUCCUCCCGCUCGCAUCCGCCCCCACCGACCUCGUGAACUACACAUGCAAGAAGACGCCAUACACCGUCUUCUGCGCCGCAGCUCUCAGUUUGGACCCCCGGAGCUCCACCGCAGACACCAAAACCCUAGGCCUAAUCAUGGUCGACAAGGUCGAGGCGCAUGCCAAGUCGACUUUGACCAAAAUCAAGUACUUGCGCGGCAAAGCCGCCCACCCGAGGACGAAGCAGGCAUUGACCUCUUGCGAGCAGUCGUACGGAUUCAUCGUAAGCGCGAUGGUGCCCCCUAGCAAGGAAAGUUUGACGAAAGGUGACUACAAGUUCGCCGUGGAGUACAUGAAUGCCGCAGUAAACGACGUGCAGGAGUGCGAAGCGGGCUUCAGCGGCUCAAAGUCACCAAUAUCGGACUCGAACGAUUAUGAGCACAAAGCUGCCGCGGUGGCUUCCGCCAUUGCCGGGUUUGUUUAA